AUGAUUUUACCAAGCAACGAUCCACUAGUAAAGUUGCUGGUAGAAAAAAUACAUAAAGACAAUUAUCAUUGUGGCGGCCAAGCAUUGCUGGCACAAGUGAGGCAGCGUUUUUGGCCCCUCAAAGGAAAAAGCUUGAUGAGAGCUGUAAUACAACAAUGCUUAAGAUGCAGAAGAGCAAGUCCAAUUGUGUACAAUCAAAUCAUGGGAAAUUUGCCUGGACACCGUGUGCAACCAGCUCGACCAUUUCUCAGCACUAGAGUUGAUUAUUGUGGCUCAAUAUGGGUUCAUUACAAAACAAGAGGCAAGCGUCCACAAAAGGCGUAUAUCGCUGUCGUUUGCUGUUUUGCAACCAACAUCGUACACUUAGAACUUGUGACUGAUCUGACCACAGAUGCAUUCAUUGGAGCAUUAAAACGCUUCAUAGCAAGACGAGGACGCUGUAAAACAUUAUACUGCGACAAUGCGACCAACUUCGUUGGAGCGAAAAACAAGUUGCAGGAACUGACUGACGUCAUCAACGCUGAUCGAGCGAGGGAAUCAAUUGCAGGAAUGUGCAGUACGAAAGGCAUAGAAUUUCACUUCAUUCCACCAAGGUCACCACACUUCGGCGGGUUAUGGGAGACAGCAGUAAAAUGUGCCAAAUAUUUGCUGGUCAAAAAUGUUUCAACAGCAUCACUUACAUAUGAAGAGCUUGAAACUGUCGUUAUUGAAGUUGAAGCAGUGUUGUACUCAUCAGAUGCAAACGAUUUGAACGGAAUAACUCCAGGUCAUUUUUUUAUAGGUGAAGAAAUCACUUCAAACGUUGAUGUGCGUACACGUGACUCUAAAGAAAAAUUACUUAAACGCUGGCAACUGGAGUAUCUAAGCGAAUUGCAACAGCGCCACAAGUGGAAGGGUCCAAUCACCAACAUACAGACCAAUACGACGGUAAUCCUUAAAGAAGACAAUGUCCCAGUUCUGCAAUGGCCUUUGGGACGCAUCAUCAAGGUUUACAAAGGCGAAGAUGGUUUAGUGAGAGUUUGUGACAUUCAAACAAAAAAGGGAGUAUUUAAAAGACCGGUGCAUAAAUUAGCUCCAUUAUUUCCUGAAGACGAUAAAUUAGAAGAUCCAACCUUUGGAAAAAUUACUGAAAGAAAAAUCGAAUCAGAACAGACUCAAGAAACUCCAAGGUCACCUCCCGUGUCGCUUAUC